AUGAAUUUUGAUAAACUUAGGACAGUAACUGAACUUGUUAACAUUGGUCGUAAACAAGAAGCUUUGCUGUUAACGGUAUUGCAGGAGGAGCCUGGCAGUUUCAAACAGUUUUGUCAAUUGGUGGGGCUGAUGAAUAUCACAGAAUUCAAAUACAGAUAUAAUUCUGAGGAGAAAGUUGUUGUCCUUUACAGUGUUGGGAUUCACGCACCGUCAGAGCUAAAACAAAUGGAGGAGAGAAUGGGAUCUUCUCAGCUUGUAACUCACAAUCUAACAGAUGGAAAUUCUUCUCUUGAGCUUUUCCAGAAGAAGAACAGGAUUCCCAACGGAGUGGCUACUGAAAAGGUACAGUUUGACAUCACCAAUUCCUUGAAGUUGAAUAAUCCUUACAUUGCUUUUGGUUCAUUUGAUCGCCCAAAUCUUUUCUAUGGUGUCAAGCAAUUUAACCGAAGACAAUAUUUUAUUGAUGAGCUUAUGGAAGAAAUUUCAAAAGAAGUUGCUAAUCUUUCAGGGGUUCCGUUGAGAAUGGAAGAGAGAAGCAGGAAGCAGUUCCCUCUGAGAAAAGCUCGUGAUGCUGCAGAGGAGACACUCUCUCGGCUACUAAAAUCCAAAGUUGAUGCAGAUGAAACCGACGAGGUUGAGCUUCAGAAUGCGAUGGCAAAUGUUGUGAUAUGUUUGGCUUCGGUUUUAUCAUCCAAUAAAUUGUCUGGGAAUUUACCAGUGACAUUUUCUCAGUUACAAAAUUUGACAGAUUUUAGGAUAAAUGAUAAUAGUUUCAACGGAAAAAUACCGAGCUUCAUACAGAAUUGGAAACAGCUUCAGAGAUUAGAAAUGCAUGCAAGUGGACUGGAGGGACCUAUUCCGUCAAAUAUAUCGCUUUUGACUAAUUUAUCUCGACUAAGGAUUAGUGACAUCAAUGGUCCUAGUCAGGAUUUUCCUAUUUUAAGCAACAUGACAGGAAUGAUUAGAGUGGUUCAGAGAAAUUGCAAUAUUACCGGAGAGAUUCCUAGCUAUUUCUGGACAAUGAAGGAUUUGGAUAUGUUGGAUCUCAGUUUCAAUAAUUUGUUUGGUGAAAUUCCAGCGAGGGCUCAUGUGGGACAUUUGAGAUUUCUCUUCUUGACUGGCAACAAGCUAAGUGGUAACGUACCGGACUCAGUGUUGAUGGAUGGAAGCAAUGUGAAUUUAAAUCUAAACAUGUUCCGGAGCUCCUUAGGGACCAAUGCAUAA